AUGGAUCGCAUGUUGUGUGCUCUUGUUUUAAUAUCAAUCUACGGCGUAUGUUUGGCAACAGAAAUCGAGUUGCCUCCCGUAGAGUUCAAGCCGGUCCGAGAAAUACCUGGCGAUAUACCAACCUGUCGGGAGGGCGACAUCAACAUCAGCGAGUGCAUCAAGCAGGGCCUUCAGCAGAUAACGCCACGCAUGAGGUACGGCAUCAGCGAACUGAACAUCCCGCCCCUCGAUCCCUUCGAGAUGGGCAAGAGCUCCUACAGCUACAACUCGGGACUCCUGCAGGGUCGCAUCUCCAUGAAGAACGUGGUCGUCCACGGCCUCAGCGAGGGCAUCGUCGACAAGGUCAACUUCCGGCUGAAGGACGGUCGCGUGCGCAUGGAGAUCCUCUCGCAUGUCCCGCAAAUGUUCGUCGAGGGCUCCUACAAGGCGGACAUCAAGCUCAACGACCUCAAACUGAACCCUAAGGGAACCUUCAAUAUUACCAUGACUGAUGUCGCUAUGAGGGCGAGACCCAUUGGCGAGCUCUAUGAGCGUGAUGGUCACACGUACUUGCGUCUGACCAAACUGGAGACUGAGCCCAAGGUGGGUGACCUGAAAUUCUACGCCAACGGACUAGUUCCCGAUCCGGUGCUUAACGACGUCAUCUUGGACUUUAUCAAUCAGUACUGGCGCCAACUUUAUCAGGCCAUGCUGCCCGAAACACUGGCCGCUUGGCAGCCCUUGAUCUUGAAGUCCACGAAUGACUUCUUCGCUGCUUUACCAUUCGACAUGCUUGUCACCAAGAAUUGACAUCCCCGACUUUUAAUCUGUUAUAUUAUUUAUAACCUCCGGUUCCAUCUGUUUUACUCAAGGUGUUAACAUAGUUUGUACCGAAAUAAAGAUGAAAUUACUUAAAUA